AGCAGCAACAGCAGCGGUCGCUCUGCUAUAUAACUUUUCUUCAACAAAGUGAAAAACGUGCUGGGUGUAAUCACACAAAAUAGUGCUUCAAAGCCUUUGAAUAGUAGCGAGUUGAAUCAACAUUUAUCUUAUAAACGUUCAGGCUGCGCUGUAAAGAUGUCCAUCUCGAAGCAGCAAAAAACAAUCGAAAUACUUCGGGAAACGGAACGAAUCGGAGAUCAGAUUCUUGUGCGCAAACAGGAACUGAUUGAUUUAGAUAAACGAAGGCAGGAAACACGGGAAGCCACGCGUACUAUAAGGAAAAAUUUUCCACGAGAAGAUGCUAAAGUUUGGAUCACUGUGGGCUCGAUGUUGAUGAAGCUGAGCCGGUCAAAAGCGCUAGAAUUGUUAAAGAAAGAUGCAGAUCAGAUUGAGCUAGAGAUUAAACGUAUAAGAACCGAACAGAAAGUUCUGGUUAGUAAGCAACGCGAUCUGGAACAUGACAGUCCACUUCGAGGGUUCGAUUUGAAACCAUUGAGUAGUGCUGAAAUCUCGGCGAUUAGGGCUAAUAUUCCUGGCUUCUAGUCGUAAAAUCAUUUCCAUCUAUUUAUUAUAAGAUCUAUGAUUAAGAUAUAAAUGUGACUAUGUAUUUAUUAAUCCGAAUUUUCCAGAAUAUUAG